AUGAGGCUGGCAGAAUAUGGUAUGUUAAAAUUCAUUUUAAGGAAAGUAGGCUCGGUUAGGAAAGAAAAGGAAACUUUUUUAUUUUAUUUUCAUUUUCUCACUUGGCCUAUCUAUCUAUCUAUCUAUCUAUCUAUCUAUCUAUCUAUCUAUCUAUCUAUCUCAGUCUGUUCAUAUCUAUUUCAUUCUGUUCAUAUCUAUCUAUCUAUCUAUCUCAGUCUGUUCAUAUCUAUUUCAUUCUGUUCAUAUCUAUCUAUCUAUCUAUCUAUCUAUCUAUCUAUCUAUCUAUCUAUCUAUCUAUCUAUCUAUCUCAGACUGUUCAUAUCGAUUUCAUUCUGUUCAUAUCUAUCUAUCUAUCUAUCUAUAAAUAUUUCAUUCUGUUCAUAUCUAUCUAUCUAUCUAUCUAUCUAUCUAACUCAGUCUGUUCAUAUCUAUCUCUAUCUAUCUAUCUAUAAAUAUUUCAUUCUGUUCAUAUCUAUCUAUCUAUCUAUCUAUCUAUCUAUCUAUCUAUCUAUCUAUCUAUCUAUCUAUCUAUCUAACUCAUCUGUUCAUAUCUAUCUCUAUCUAUCUAUCUAUAAAUAUUUCAUUCUGUUCAUAUCUAUCUAUCUAUCUAUCUAUCUAUCUAUCUAUCUAUCUAACUCAGUCUGUUCAUAUCUAUCUCAGACUGUUCAUAUCUAUUUCAUUCUGUUCAUAUCUAUCUAUCUAUCUAUCUAUCUAUCUAUCUAUCUAUCUAUCUAUCUAUUCAUAUCUAUCUAUCAUCAGUCUGUUCAUAUAUCUCAUUCUGUUCAUAUCUAUAUCUAUCUAUCUAUCUAUCUAUCUAUCUAUCUAUCUAUCUUCGGAAAAGAGCCUCUAAUACGGUUCUCUUUACCCCUGGCUAUGUUGUAG